AUGGGUGAGCUUGUAAAUGCUGCAAGAACAUUAGGUGAAACAGGAAAUUUUGUAGAUGGUUUUAAAAGACUUGUUUCAAAUGUUUUAACAAACACAAAGAAAUUAUUUAGAUAUACUGUACAUAACGGACGGAUUUUCGAACAGAUAGCAACAAACCCUCCGGUUAUGGCUGCGUUGAUGAUGGUUAGAGAUAUAAAACCACGUAACGACGGGAACGAAGAACAUGAACAACAGGAUACUGGUCGGGUUAUUCGAGACAUUAAAAACGUGUAUCCUGAAGUUAUUGAUUUAUUUAGAGGAGUUAAUGAUUCAAUUUCAAAACAUUCUAUAACCCUCGAUGAAGAGAAUAAAUUAACAGAUUAUAUAUUCGUCAUUAUUGCAGAACUAAUGAAGAGAAUAAAUGAAAAAGGAAUUGGUGAUAUCAUUAAUGUCAGCGAUGUAAUGAUGAAAAGAAAUUUUGACUCAUUAUUUACAAAACCGAAAACAGAAUAUAGUCUUUAUGACGUAAUUACCGAAUUAAUGAAAAAGAUUAAUGAUAAUAAGAGUUCUGGCGGAAGAGUUGAAUUAGAAGUGAAUGAUGUUAAUGAGAAAUUAGCCGAAAAAGCAGACAAAAAUGAGCUUUUAGCUCUGAGUGAUAAAGUCAAGAACCAUGUUCAUUAUAUAAGUUCAGACGAACAGAUUAUAACGGACUACCAUGGAUAUUUAACACAGGAUGAACAAAUAAGCACUGAAGAUGUUAAUGAAAGAAGAUAUAAAUUCAUUCGUGCUAAAGGUUAUGACAUACACUGUACUGUACAGUAUGACACAGGUAAAGCACCAGAAGCAUUUGGUUAUAACGAUGAAAUUUAUGCUUCAUACUUCUCUGUUAACGGU